GUGUGCGCGCGUGCGUAUUGCAAUUAGCCUGUACAGCACGCUGAGCACUCAGUGUUUCACGCUUUCGGACAGAGUAAAUGUGAAUCGGGGGUCCCGUUAACGAACAAAAAACAAAAGACUUGAGGAAUACAGGGCGAGGCGCAUGUACCGAAAAAACCUCAUUAGUUGUUAUUGUUUAAUUAAAUAGCCGACUUACUGUGAUCCGUUUACAGAAUUCCCUUUGAUUUUUAAACACCGGCUGUAGUCGCGCACAGUGGCCGGAGCGGCCAGUGUUAGUCGGGAAUGACCGAGCGAAGCGAACACAGUAAACCGGGACCGUUAAAUAAUCAGUCCGUAUUUCCAGCAGCCGCCUGAGAAAAGUCGUGGAAGUCGGAUAAACUCUGGGCUCCGGGCCGACUUGUUGAGUUCCUUUCUGUCGUUCUGUCGCUUCCGGUGUCACCGGAGAAACCGAGAGCUGUGCACCCGCUCACCCUCUACUCCGGGUGCUUUGUUUUUGGAAAGCGAUGCCUUUUUGGAAGAAAAUGGAUGUUUGAAACUGUUGGCAAUUUAUCCUUCACAACAAUGGCCACAGAAUCGUAUCUGGCACAUGAAGAGGCAACCAGAGGAGCUGCAUUGCCCGAAUGCUUCCUGGUUCCCGAUACUUACAGGGAUGAGUUCCACCCGUUCAUCGAGGCGCUGCUGCCCCACGUUCGGGCCUUCUCCUAUACCUGGUUUAACUUGCAGGCACGCAAGCGAAAAUACUUUAAGAAGCACGAGAAGCGCAUGUCCAAGGAUGAGGAGAGGGCAGUGAAGGAUGAGCUUCUGGGCGAGAAGCCCGAGAUCAAGCAGAAGUGGGCGUCGCGACUUCUUGCCAAGCUCCGCAAAGACAUCCGUCCAGAGUUUCGCGAGGACUUUGUGCUCAGCGUGACUGGCAAGAAGCCGCCGUGCUGCGUGCUGUCAAACCCAGAUCAGAAGGGCAAGAUAAGGCGGAUUGACUGCCUGAGGCAGGCCGACAAAGUGUGGAGGCUCGACCUGGUCAUGGUAAUCCUAUUCAAAGGCAGUCCACUGGAGAGCACCGACGGAGAGCGGCUCAUCAAAUCACCACAGUGCUCCAACCACAGCCUGUGUGUGCAACCACACCACAUCGGAGUGUCUGUAAAAGAGCUCGACCUCUACCUGGCCUACUUUGUUCACUCUCCAGAAUCUGGACAAACAGACAGUUCCAGCCAGCAGUCAGAUUCAGACAUCAAACCUCCAGCAAACGGACACUUGAGCUUCCAGGACUGCUUUGUAACAUCAGGGGUUUGGAACGCAGCUGAACUAGUACGAGUGUCACAGACUCCUGUUGCCUCGGCAUCGGGUCCAAAUUUUUCAUUGGCAGAACUGGAAAAUCCUGGAUACUACAAUAUCAACCAAGUAGCACUGGGCCGACGUUCGUUGACAUCGCCACCAUCUACCAGGGCCGAGGUGGAGCUGUACGCGAGUCUUCCUCGGAGCUCAACCAAACGUAAGUCUAUAGAUGACAGUGAAAUGGACAGUCCAGUGGAUGACGUCUUCUACUCCACACGCUCUCCUGCAGGCACCAGCUCUCAGUCCAGUGGCUGGCCCAAUGAUGUGGAUGCAGUGCAGCACCACUUGGCGAGUGUGCAGGAGAGGAAGAUAAAACAUGAAAAUGAUGGCGUGCAGUUUUCAUACCAUGGGCUGUCCUCUCCCGGGUCUCUAAAGAAGCCGUCUGGGAAAUUUGAUUUCGGCGCCCUGUCAACUCAGACGAGGUCCCCCCGCAUGGCCUUCACACACCACCCACUGCCCAUGCUGGCAGGAGUGAGACCAGGAAGUCCCCGUGCUUCUGCUUCUGCCCUUCAUUUCCCAUCUCCCUCCAUCAUUCAGCAGUCCAGCCCAUACUUUACUCAUCCCACCAUCCGCUACCACCAUCACCAGGACCCACUUAAGGAGUUUGUCCAGUUUGUUUGCGCUGAUGGCACGACUCAGCCUGGCGCUCAGCAUACUCAACGCCAAGCUCCACAGCUUCCAACGGGUUUGUCGGCUUCGGAGCACGGGACAACUUUCUAAACAUACCACAGCAAACACAGUCCUGGUUCCUUUGACAAGAUCUCACUGAAUAGCACAGAUAUGAAUUAAGUCUGUAGCUGAAACCUGAAACAAAAAGCUAGGUAUGAACUGCUAUCAGCUAAUCACUUAGACACCCCAACUCAAGACAAGCACCCUGAAACCCUCAACCCGGAAAUGAGCCCUUAAAUCGAAAAUCUGAAAAACUUUCAACUGAUUCUGCAAAUCUAAAAAAUGAACACAGAAACCAGAAGACAUCACCGAAAUGGAGGACAUUCAGGAAAGUGUUUUGGACAAAUAAUAGGAAGUAUCUUAAAUGUUAGAUAGGUCUUGCUUUUCUUUUGAUUUGUUUCCCAUCAUCCACCAAGCAUACAGCUGGGGCAACGAGCCUUUACUCUAUUACAGUUUAAGCUAAUUAAAAUCACCUGGAUCAUUUACAUACUCACAUACAGUACAUACCCUCAGCUGCAUUUCACCCUAUAUAUUGCUUGUGUGUGCCUACAUUCAUGAAACCUAUUGGGCAAGGAUUACAUUUCUGCACCGCUCUAAUUUGCUGUCUAGGAACUUCCUUAUUCAGACGGAUCAAGAAUUUGGAACUGACUCUGAAUCACAAGAGAAGUUUUCUUACUAGAAUGUCAGCAAUUUUAGGAAACGCCCAAAGUGUUAAAUCCGUGUACAGUCUCAGAAGUCAAGAAAUUCCCAUAAUGCACUCACAAAAAGGUGAUCAGUAAGCAGGUUUUGAAAAGUAACAUAUUAAUUAUUGCCUAGACCAUUUUUUUUUUUAGUUUUUUUCAGUCAUGGCACCAUUUGAAAGUAUUCAAACUCUCGAGUCACCCCAGUCUAAAAUUUAUUUAAAAAAAUGACAUUAAAACAUGGUGGUGGGGUAAAUGUGACCUAACUAUCAUUAGGAAACCUAAGCCUGGGACAACACAAAUACUGGAUGAUAAAGUUGAUGACUUAAAUUAGGAGUGAUCUGAUUCUGGGGCCUCUUAGAUUUUUCAACAUUUUUAAAGCUUUUAUCCGACCUCAAACAGCUGUGUUUGUGUAAACACUCUGAGGUGGAAAACUGAAAGCUCAGAGACAGAAAACCCAGAGUUUGUUGUCGCAGAUGCUGCAGAAGGCUAACUAGCGUGCUAGCUAGCAGUUGUAGUAAAUAAUCAAAUCACUAUUGUAACUGUAACCAUACAUGGUAGUUUGAGCACAAAUUAGCUUUUCCUGUUUGUUGAAGUAUCUUCAGACUUUUGAUCUAAUGAACAGAAUUUAAAUGAAAUUUUAAAAUUUGGCCAAAAUAAAGCACAUCACUUGGCAGCUGCCUUCUAAAAGGAACAGCCUUCAUAACUGCAUACAAAUUCACAUGCUGGUAAAAAAUGCUGACUGUCCAGGUAGCUGACUUAAGCUUGAAACACAAUGUAUAUUUACCCCAAACAGCAUACCUGAUUUCAUGUCAGCUUUUGGUGCAGCAUAUUUUACUGCAUGUCCUCUUCCUCAGUAUGAAUGCUGUGUGUAUGAAUAAGCAACACAUGCAAGCUGUAGCUAAGGUAGUACA